GNACGCGGCUCGCGUGGGGCAGGGAAGGGGUGGCCGGGCCGACUUGGCCCCGCGCCCUCCGCGCCCGUCACCCCCGGCUCCUCUCGGCGAAACCCGAGCGCGCGUCCGACGCGGGGCCGCGUGACGCGCACCUGUCGGGCUGGGCCGCGCCUGCGAGAGAGGAUGCGCGGAGCCCCCGCCUGGCCCGAGCCCGGCCCGCCACGCCGUGCGCUCCGCGCCGCCGCCGACGUUUCCCGGCUCUGACGGGCGAGAUGAAAGGACCACAGCUGUUUCCUCCUGUGGUUUACCAGAAACCACCCUGCCCCUGGAGCGCCCGCACACGCUGGGUCCAUGCUAGGGCAGGUCAGGCACGGCUGCAGGAGUGCUCCCCAGAAACAAAGACUGGAACCCUGAUUCUGAUCCAGACCCUCUGGCUGGCCAGGUCAGCACUCACGGCUUUGGGAAUGUUGGCACAGCUGUACUUUAAAAGGCUCCCUGGCUGGUGGAAGAUGCUCGUGGUGGCGAUGUGCAUGGCCCUUCUGGCUUGCCUGCAGGCCCAGGAGCUCCAGGGACAUGUGUCCAUCAUCCUGCUGGGAGCGACUGGGGACCUGGCCAAAAAAUACUUAUGGCAGGGACUGUUCCAGCUGUACCUGGAUGAGGUGGGGAAGGGCUACAGUUUCAGCUUCCAUGGGGCUGCUCUGACGUCCACCAAGCAGGGCCAGGAGUUCAUCGCCAAGGUCCUGGAGUCCCUCUCCUGCCCUGAAGACAUGGCACCCGGGCGCUGUGCCGAACUCAGGGGCCAGUUCCAGCAGCUGAGCCAGUACCGCCACCUGAGGACGAGUGAGGACUAUAUGGCCCUGAGCAAGGACAUUGAGGCACAGCUCCAACACAAAGGCCUCCAGGAGGCUGGCAGGAUUUUCUACUUCUCAGUGCCACCCUUCGCCUAUGCGGACAUUGCCCGCAACAUCAACAGCAGCUGCCGCCCGGGCCCAGGCGCCUGGCUGCGGGUUGUCCUGGAGAAGCCCUUUGGCCAUGACCGCCUCUCAGCCCAGCAGCUGGCUACGGAACUUGGGAGCUUUUUCCAAGAGAAGGAGAUGUACCGGGUGGACCAUUACCUGGGCAAGCAGGCUGUGGCUCAGAUCCUGCCUUUCCGGGACCAGAACCGCAAGGCCUUGGAUGGCCUCUGGAACCGGCACCACGUGGAGCGGGUGGAGAUCAUCAUGAAGGAGACCGUGGAUGCAGAAGGCCGCACCAGCUUCUACGAGGAGUACGGCGUCAUUCGCGAUGUGCUCCAGAACCACCUGACGGAGGUCCUCACCCUCGUGGCCAUGGAGCUGCCCCACAACAUCAGCAGCUCAGAGGCUGUGCUGCGGCACAAGCUUCAGGCCUUCCGGGCCCUGCGGGGCCUGCAGAAGGGCAGUGCCGUCCUGGGCCAGUACCAGGCGUACAGCGAGCAGGUGCGCAGAGAGCAGCGGAAGCCAGACAGCUUCCGCAGCCUGACGCCGACCUUCGCAGGCAUCCUCGUUCACAUGGACAACCUUCGCUGGGAGGGCGUCCCUUUCCUCCUGAUGUCUGGCAAAGCCUUGGAUGAGAGAGUGGGCUACGUGCGGAUCUUGUUCCGGAACCAGGCUUACUGUGCCCAGAACGAGAAGCGCUGGGUGGCGGACCAGAGCCAGUGCCUGCCUCGGCAGAUCGUCUUCUACAUUGGACACGGUGAGCUGGGCAGCCCGGCUGUGCUGGUCAGCCGGAACCUGUUCAGGCCCUCCCUGCCCUCCAAGAGCUGGAAGGAAGUGGAGGGCCGGCCCAGACUCCACCUUUUUGGCCGCCCUCUGUCGGAUUACUAUGCCUACAGCCCCGUGAGGGAGCAGGACGCCUAUUCUGUCCUCAUCUCUCAUAUCUUCCACGGCCGCAAGGACUCCUUCAUCACCACGGAGAACUUGCUGGCCUCCUGGGUUUUCUGGACCCCCUUGCUGGACAGCCUGGCCCACGAAGUCCCGCGCCUCUACCCGGGAGGAGCCGAGAACGGGCACCUGUUGGACUUUGAGUUCAGUGGCACCCAGUUGCGCUUUUCCCAGCAGCAGCUGGAGCAGCUGGUGCCCGGGCCAGGUUCCGCUCCGAAGCCCAGCGACUUCCAGGUUCUCCAGGCCAAGUACCGAGAGAGCCCGCUGAUCUCGGCCUGGCCUGAGGAGCUGAUCGCGAAGCUGGCCGAGGACAUCGAGGCCACAGCUGUGCGGGCGGUGCAGCGCUUUGGCGAGUUCCACCUGGCGCUGUCCGGCGGCUCCAGCCCCGUGCCCCUGUUCGAGCAGCUGGCUACCCGGCACUACGGCUUCCCCUGGGCCCACACGCACCUGUGGCUGGUGGACGAGCGCUGCGUCCCACUUCGGGACCCCGAGUCGAACUUCCAGGGCCUGCAGGCUCACCUGCUGCAGCACGUCAGGGUCCCCCACUACAACGUCCACCCCAUGCCGGUGCACCUGCACCAGCGCCUCUGUGCCGAGGAGGACCGGGGCGCCCAGAUGUACGCCAGCGAGAUCUCGGCCCUGGUGACCAAUAGCAGCUUUGACCUGGUGCUGCUGGGCAUGGGCAUGGACGGACACACGGCCUCCCUGUUCCCGCAGUCGCCCGCCGGUCUGGAGGGCACGCAGCUGGUGGUGCUGACCAGGAGCCCCUCCAAGCCGCACGAGCGCAUGAGCCUGAGCCUGCCGCUCAUCAACCGUGCCCACAAGGUGGCGGUCCUGGUCAUGGGCAGGAUGAAGCGUGAGAUCACCAUGCUGGUGAGCCGCGUGGGCCAUGAGCCCAAGAAGUGGCCCAUUUCGGGUGUCCUGCCUAGUUCCGGCCAGCUGGUUUGGUAUAUGGACUAUGAGGCUUUUCUGGGAUGAUGGUGCCUUUGGCCUUUGCUCGCUCCCCCGCUUGCUUUCCCCUGUCCUGUCCCUAUCCCCUUAGUCCUGCCACCUGCCCUUGCUCUCUGGAACCUGACACCUCAGGGUUAAGCCCCCAGAGAGGAAAGAAGGAGGCCUUAUCCCGACCCCUUUGAUAGUCUGUAUCUAGUUGUGGUGGGUAGACACAGACACAAGGAAGAAAAAGAGUCUCUGCUUUUGAGAAGCUUCCAGUCCAAGUCAGGAAAGAAAUAUCCACCUUAACAUACCAGCAGCAGUUACACAGUAACACCAGCCAGCACAAAAUAGGACGUUUUGCAAGCUCCCGACUUCAGUAGAGUGGCUAGGGUUAAUUGGGGAAGGCUUCCUGGAGGGGGCGAUCCUUGAACUGGCUUCUGUGAGAAAGAAAACUAUGGAGAGUAGAGAGAAGGGAGCACGGGUGUCCAUCAGGUACAGAGUCCACGUGAAGUAGAAAGCUAGAAACUCCGGAAUCUUGAGUUGGCAAUUCUUCCAUCCCUCCCCUUCUUCCUGAGCCUCUGACAUUUAGCCUACUGUCCUGGCCUCUUUAUGGUUGCCUUCUCCUGCUCUGUCUCUUUAAGUUCCCUUUCCCUCUGUCUCCCUGCUGUCCCCCAGACAGAUGAAGGACGGUAGCAGUAACACCACAAGAAACACUAGGAAGUUCAGAGGUCCCAGAAAUCUUGGAACUGUUGUUUGGAGCUCCCUUUCUCUGUAGAUGAACUUAUCUGUGUCUGUGUGUGUCUGUGUGUGUGUGUGUGUGUGUGUGUGUGUGUGUGUGUGUGUGUGUGUGGCGGGGGGGGAGGGGCUGCCCACUCUCCCUUCUCUAGCCAAGCCCCUUCGUGAUACAUAGUGGGCAUGGAUGAUUCGGCCAUUCCAGGGAUCCCUCACUCCAGAGGGUCCUUUACACCUCAGGGGACUUCCGGUGGGCGUUUCCACUCUCAGUAUACCCUCUUGCUUUACCAGGAAAGAUCCAGUGAAGUCUUUCUGUGAUGGGGACACGUCAUUUGUGGGGAGAGCUGUGAUGGAAAUGGUCCAGACCAUCCAGGUGCUCUGAUCUGAGCAGACAGGAGCCGGGCCUCCUCCUGGCUGCCCACCAGCUUCUCAGGGACUAGACCCGCUUGCAGCCCCCGGGGGCAGGCGGCAGCCCAGCCUCCUCGCACUACCUCUCGGGGUGGGGGCGUGGAGCCCGCCUGCUGGCUGCUUGCUGGCCCCUCCUGCCGCCUCUCAUGUCACCGCUGACACACUGACCGCCUGGGAAAGCAAACGGGUAGUUCUGUUCAGAGGAGGUUGGUGCUCUGUUCCCGAUUAGCGCUGGGCCAGUAAUGGUGUGUGGGGGGUGUCUCUGAAAUUCUCUUAAAAAAUAUUCUCACACAUUUAAUUAGUAUUUCAGCUGCCCACGUAGUCAUGCUCCCGCGACCGACCGUGAAGGAAUGAGACUGAUUUUCCCGUGUGACUGCUCUCUUGUUUAAAGUCGCACCUUGUGGCAGGUGUUGAUGUCGCCCGGAGGGCUUUCCUUGGUGAGGGGGAGCAUUGCCAGAUGUACUUCUCUGCUUUUGAUUGUUUACACUUUCUUCAAGGCUAUGGAUUUAAAGGAAUUCUGGUGCCUGAGUGGGGGUUCUCUCUGUGAAAGGCACUUGUGGUUAAAGUCCCCUGGCCUCCCACGACCCGCCUGGACAGGGCAUCUCUCCUGACACCGAGAGAGCUCACUUGGCAAAGCAGAGCCCCAGUGCGGGGUCGCGAAGUCUCUGUCUGGGGGGUCUGCAUUUUGCAUUUUAGCUUUUUUUUUUUUUUUUUUUUGGCGCUUUCGGCCUGUGCUCCUGAGGGGACGCGGAUGCUUGCGGGCCGGGUGCCGACUGUGGCCACAGGGGGGCGCCCUCGCACCAUCCCUGCGCCGAGCCCGGCCUCGAGCAUUCCCCGACUGUUCCUCAGGAGCGUCACCCUCUGGUUGCAACUCCGAGCGGGUCCUGCACGCGGUGGAGAAUCAUGGCAGGAUGUAGGGCCGGCCGGCUCUUGAUGUCACCGUUUCUGGAUAAGAGUGAGUCAGUGCGGCCUGAGCUCAGGACCUCCCGUCUGAGAGGAGGGCCUUGCCUGGGAAGGCGCCGUGCGGCGGGGGCGGGGCGGAGGGGCCGCGUGCUGUCCUGAAAGCACACCACGAAACCGCGGGAGACAGGCCUCUGUUCGCCCGCGUCCGCUUGCUCCCCUGUCCGGUCCUGGGGAGGAUGGCGUUGCACCUUUCUGGACCAGGUGCACGGCCGGAAGCACGCUUCCUUCUGGAAUCUGAUCGCAUUUGUGUGUGAGUCUUCCUCACGCACAGUUCCAUGAAGGAAUUCUCUGCCUUAGAACGUGAGAGGCCCUCCAUUUCCUACUUUUCAUGUUUGAGAAAUGCUGCUUAGAACCUACUAGAUUGAGUUGAUCCAUCGUUUGAAAAAUGCUGCCCUAAACUUCACCCCGUCUGCGAGCCGAGGGCCCCGAGGUGCCGAAGGGAGCACGUUGCGACGCGAGCCGGGGCGGGCCGUCCCGCAGCUCCCGCCCCUGUGGCACCGCGAGACACGCUGUGCGGCUUGGUCCGCUCUACGCGGCCGAGCCGCCUGUGAGGGAGGUGGAGGGGACUUGUGUACGGACGACUCUGACACUGGAGCUGAAGUCUUCGGACAGCGGGCCCGGCUGCCGGCCCCGGGGCGCCCCCUCCCUCCCAGGGAGCUCUCGGUGCCCGGAGGGGCGGUCACCGGCGGGGGGCCGAAGGCCGUGAGCCCUGGCAGACCUGGGAGAGGCGGGCACCGCGCAUCACCGUUCCUUGGGGGGAAGGAGCCGAGGGAGUCUCCAGCUUGCUGUGAGCUGGACUCCGAGUUUGAUCUGGGAGCACCGUUCCCUGCAACCGCAGGUUAAAGUAGUCGUGUCGUGUGGACCUUCCCUGCUUCUUGCUUCCGUGCAGACAGCUUCAUUCCCACGCGGGCCCCCGGUUAGCGCAGUGCGGCUCUGGCCGCGGCCUGGCGGUGCGCAGCGCUCCCCCGGGCUCUGUCCCCCGAAGGCCGGCCGUCCCCGGCCCAGAGCUGCUCCUGCUUGGCCUCGCUCCCUCCUUCCCCCGUUUGGACAGAGAGCUGAAGGCAGCGUGACAGAGAAAGGAGGGGAGAAGCUUCCACAAGACUUUAAGGGGUGGUUUCCUGCAAUUUGGUUUUUAGGAACAACAAAAACUUUUUUUUCAACAGAAACACACGCAGUAGUCUCCCAGAAGCAGACUGUGGCAGUUUUAUCCAGUUAGAUUUUUAUCCUGAGCAGACGGGGCCCUGCAGACCGUAGUCCACUUGCGGAGAAGCUGCCUGGUGCCGUAUUCGAGAACGAACAAGGCCCAGGGAAAGGCCUGUGGUGGCCGUGGUGGCCAACGCCAUCCGCGCCCAUCUGCCCCUUGAAAGACAAACCCAGGGGGGCCGAGGGCCUUGGGAGGGCUGCUGCCGCCCAGUGUCGCCAGCUGUCCCCUGCUGUCAGCCUCUGUUGCUCAUACCCUGCCUCCCACUACCCUCUGCUGGGCCCACAGCUGCAGCCCGGGCUGGUGGCACUCGAGGGGCUGCUCGUGUCCUUCCGGUGACCUCUCCUCUCCUCGAGCAAAGGGGCCCUUCCUCCAGCUGCACCAGCAUGGGGCCGGUGUUGGGAACCCGAGGGGGCGUCUGGACGGAUCGCAGGGAAGAACGUCUCAGUCGGUCCCUGCGGCCUCAGAGUCUCUGGGUGUAUGACGGCUGUCACCUGGUUGGAAGUGUGGAUUUCUUCCCCUGGGGGCCCUGCCUGCCCUCUUUUCCCUCAGCUGAGCGGGAGCCCACCCGCGCCACCGUCUCUGUCCCGCUUCCGUCGUGUGUUUCCGGCCCGGGCUGGCGUGUGCUGUGGAGUGGCCUGUGUCACACCUUGUGCAGUCUCCAUCCGGUCCCUUCGUGCCCUGUCAACGCUAGGGCAGAACUUCGUCCCCGUUCAGGGCAGUCUUCCCGCCACACGUGUCUUCAGCCGAUGCAGCGAGCAGGAGCCCAGACCGGCCUGUGUUUCUGGGGCCGUGCGGUGGCAGAUGUCUUCUUGGGGUGGGGUGUGAGCACGGCUUCCAUGGCUCGUUGCUAAGUGAGGUGCCAACUCCCGAGUGCUGUCACCAGCACGAGACAGAAACAGCAAGAGAUCGGAGGUGGCACUUCCGAAAUUCUAGCGAGCUGGAGGAAUGAUCCCUUCGGGGAAAGUUCCUCCCCAGGAGGCUUCAGAGAGCUUCCGUUUGCAAAGCGGACACGUGGGGGCCGUGUCUGUGUGACCCGAAGGUGGGCAGGGCAGAGGUCUGGAUGAAUUAUGCUUCUGCUUGUGUGUUGAUUCCCAAGGAUGGUCUCUGUCUAAACCCUUACCCUGCUCUCGGGUGCUUUACAGGAAGUCUCUGCGUCUUCUCUGUCCCUCUGGUGUGGGGCCAGGUAAACACACUUUCGUUUGCUGAGAGCCCAGGGGAGCAUACUAAAUGGCUAGUCGUUCGCUUUGAAAGUGGAAGUGUAAACAGAUGCUACAUAAACUUGUCAGUUUGGGCCUUUAGCUGUACCGCUACGGAAGUCUAGAAAGGUCAGUUAUAAAAUGUCAUGAGAUACCUAACUAGGAAAGGACAGGACCGGACCCUGGGUUAGCUCCAGCUGAGGGCCCAGAGCCCAUCCAGCUCUCAGAGGUGUGACCUGUACAGUCUCCUCCUCCCGGUCCCGAAACCAGCGGGGCCUCUGCGGGGCCUUGUCUCCAGCCGGGAAGGCCGAGCUGAUCUGGUGACAGCAAGAGACCUAGAUGGGGGGGUGGGGCCAGCGUGGAAACCAGGGUGUGUUGCAAUCGGGACCGUGUCCGGGCGUUCUCUGUCCGGUGCUGGGACACUCCGUACUGGGCUUCUGCCCGGCGAGCAGAGAGACAGGGAAGCUCCUUUCUCAGAGGGACUGUGUCCUUUGUGCGGUGGGGAGACCGUAGGCGUGAAAACCCCUCUCUGCCAAGCAGCAGGAAUGUGCCUUGUCUUCUCGCACAGAGAAACUGCCCCUGGUUUUUAUGGAAGCGGUGGACACUUAAAGAUGUCUCAGACAGUGAGACACAUUCAGAACAGAGUUUUUAAAAUGACUUUUUGUAUGUCAAAUGUAACAUUUAUUUUUUAAACAAUAAAGUUGUUUUGCCAAAA